GUGAUCCUGACUCACUUUAAGAGUUAGGCUUCUGGUGAAAUACUUUGGUUCGGGAACGGGGGAUCAAAUAGAGGUCAGACCCCAUGUUUGGAUUUGCUGGGUCUCAUAGAUGCUGAAUCCAGAGGUUCUGGGGCUUACAGAGCAGUGAAGAGCUAAAGUUUGUGAGAGACUUGAAGAAGCAGCGCAUUAGCAGAAAAGUGUGGGGAAGAGAGGGACCAGGACGCCGAAGGGAGGGGGGCACGUCUUCUAAACUUUACAAACAUUGUGAACAAAGUGUGUAGCUCUGCUACACUUUUUUUCUUUAAAGGGUCACCUUACAGCCAGCAAGAUUUCACCCAAAAGCAGACAACAGGAUCGCCCGGCGCUGACGCGGCUGGUCGGCAGGAAGCGGCUGGUGGCGGCGGGGGUCCUGGGGGUCGUUAUGGUUCUGGUUUUAGUCAUCCUCAUCCCAGUUCUGGUCAACUCAGCGGGGACGGCGGCGCACUACGAGAUGCUCGGUACCUGUAGGAUGGUGUGCGACCCGUAUGGCACUAAAUCUCCGACUAGCACCGCGACGGCGGAUACAGUCCGAGACAACAGCCUCGUGCAGUCUUUACCUACUUUUAUCCAAGGUCCGAAAGGGGAUCCAGGUCGUCCAGGUAAGGCAGGUCCGAGGGGACCUCCCGGGGAGCCGGGACCACCCGGUCCAGCGGGCCCGCCUGGAGAGAAAGGUGAACCGGGCAGAUCUGGUUUACCAGGACCUGCAGGACCCAGCGCAGCUGCCGGCGCAAUAAGCGCGGCCACCUACAGCACCGUGCCUAAGAUUGCCUUUUAUGCAGGGCUCAAAAAGCAACACGAAGGCUACGAGGUGCUCAAGUUCGACGACGUUGUGACCAACCUAGGAAACCACUACGACCCGACCACAGGGAAGUUCACAUGCUCCAUCCCCGGGAUUUAUUUCUUCACUUACCACGUCCUGAUGCGCGGAGGAGACGGGACCAGCAUGUGGGCUGACCUGUGCAAAAACAAUCAGUGAUCAGGCUGUCAGCAGCAGAUCUAAUCCGUGGGGCAAACCAGUGUUGCAGUGUCGCUCCGCCAAGCACAUCCCUCUUUCCUGUCAGCCAGCUAUUGUAUGCUGCUGCAGACUGCACAGAACACAGCAAGCAACUCUGGGAUUAAACCAGCAGAACUGCACACCUAAACAUAUUAGAAGCUGAGAGACAUGUUUCAAUAAAGUCUACUUCCACUGUGACUUUGUUCAUAGGAGUAAAACAUUUCUGUGGAAGUGACCA